GUGUAUUUGUUCCUCAUGUUGCUCUCCAGUAAGCAGUUGCCGAUUGGUCGCUCCCAGAGCUGGGACACGCUGGGUGGAAAUGAGGGUAAUUGGGAACGUAGUGAAAAUGUUUAUGAGCAGCAGGCCCGGAUGACUGGUCGACGGAACUCCCUGAGCUAUGGAGGGGAUGCAGGUAGGGGAUGGUAUGAGCAAACUACUGGAGUUCGUCCUCCUGACCUGGAUUUAAAACGGGAGCCAGAGUCCUAUCAGGAACCUCUUUACAACCAAAGCUAUUUGGAUCGUCCGGACCCUCGUAACAUAAGAAAAAGCUCUGUUCCGGAGUUGAACAGCCAUUACGAUCGGCCACUUAUAGCUCACCGUGGUUCCCUGCCACGCCACGACUAUUAUCAGCAAGACCCAGGCAUGCCGCCCAGACCAACAGAAGGCUACUAUCGUGGAGAGCAGCCUCAUCCCCUCGAUAGAUCAUCUUCACAUUAUGGAAUGAUGGCAGGUCCUCGGCAACUUUGGGAACAGAGCUCAGGGGGUAGGCCAGGUUCUGCCGCCCCAACUCCUUUCAUUCCUCCUCCUCCCCCACCUCUGACUUCUCAUGAUAUGGGUCAUAUUUACAGGGAACCAUCCCUACCUGGGCCUCCAGCUGUUACUGCUGGUGCCAAAAUGAUGCAGGAUGGUCAGCAUAUUCCAAGCCGAGCACCAUCUCCAGCUCGUUAUGUAACAGAACCAAAUUCUCCUCGUUAUGUUGCUGAAACACCUAGCCAUCUGGUGUACAGCAAUGUCAAUGGAAGACAGAUUGAUCCUCACCAGCCUACAGCAACAUGUCUGGUGGUUGAUCCAGCUGCUCAAGAAAUGUAUGGAACUGCUCGAGGUAUAAGGCCGCAGAUCAUGAAUGGUCCGAUGCAUCCUCGGCCACUGGUCGCUCUAUUGGAUGGGAGGGACUGCACCGUUGAGAUGCCCAUUCUGAAGGAUUUGGCCACUGUGGCUUUCUGUGAUGCACAGUCAACACAAGAAAUCCAUGAGAAGGUGUUGAACGAGGCAGUGGGGGCAAUGAUGUACCACACCAUCACUCUGACCAGAGAAGAUCUGGAGAAAUUCAAAGCGCUCAGAAUCAUAAUCCGCAUUGGCAGUGGAUAUGACAACAUCGACAUCAAAGCAGCUGGAGAUAUGGGUAUUGCAGUGUGUAAUAUUCCGUCAGCUGCGGUGGAGGAGACGGCAGAUUCGACACUUUGCCACAUCCUGAACUUGUACAGGAGGAACACAUGGCUGUAUCAGGCCAUGCGUGAGGGCACACGGGUGCAGAGCGUGGAGCAGAUCAGAGAGGUAGCGUCAGGGGCCGCCCGCAUCAGAGGAGAAACACUGGGGCUGAUUGGCUUUGGUCGAUCGGGUCAGGCAGUGGCUGUGAGAGCAAAAGCGUUUGGCUUCAGCGUGAUCUUUUAUGACCCCUACCUGCAAGACGGUUUAGAGCGAUCGCUGGGCGUCCAGAGAGUUUAUACCUUACAGGACCUUCUUUACCAGAGUGACUGUGUGUCUCUCCACUGUAACCUGAACGAACACAAUCACCACCUCAUUAAUGACUUUACCAUCAAACAGAUGCGUCAGGGAGCGUUUCUAGUGAACACAGCCCGAGGGGGUCUGGUUGAUGAGAAAGCCCUGGCUCAGGCUCUGAAAGAAGGGAGGAUACGGGGUGCCGCCUUGGACGUUCAUGAGUCUGAACCCUUUAGUUUUACUCAGGGUCCUCUGAAGGACGCGCCCAAUUUGAUCUGCACCCCACACACAGCAUGGUACAGUGAACAGGCGUCACUCGAGAUGAGGGAGGCAGCCGCCACUGAAAUCCGAAGGGCCAUUACCGGUCGCAUUCCAGACAGUCUCAGAAACUGCGUCAACAAAGAGUUUUUUGUUAACACGGCGCCGUGGGGGGUGAUGGAGCAGCAGGUACAUCCAGAACUCAAUGGCGGAGCCUACAGGUUUCCUCCUGGUGUGGUGGGUGUGUCUCCGGGUGGCAUGGGUGGUCCAAUAGAAGGCAUGAUGCCUGGCGGGGUGCCCAGUGCCUAUCCUCUGCUGCGGGGCACCCAGCCCAGCCUCGCACCUUCCCCCACCCAGCUUCUCAAACACAACGACCAUAGAGAACACCUCGCCAAAUCGUAACCAUGGUGACCGCAAGGGCAGAAUACAAACUGACCAAUAGACAGAAGCGUUCAGUAAUUAACCUGCAAAUCAGAGACUAAGAGACAGUGAACGGGUAAACAAGCAAUCAGCUACCGCUAGCUGCGCCGGAGACAUGAUUCACGGACGUCUCGUUUUCUAAAUCAGUUAAAGUGUUUUUCCGUUCUAUUGUUCUUUUAUUUUUUUAACCCAGGAUGUUUGAUGGUUCUGUUUUGUUUGUUUUUAUUUUCAUUUGGGGGUGGGGGAACAUAAUUUCUACCUGUUCUAAUUCAGGUGGAUGGUGCUUUCUUGUUGGGAGGACUGGCGAGAUGUGAUGGCCACUCCUCUUUUCCCACGCACCAAUCACAGAGCUCGGAAAGUUGACAUUACAUGUCAUGCAUUUCUUCCUUCUUGCCUUAUAUGGGCAUAUAACAGAAUUCACUUCAUCUUAGCAGUUAGUUAGUUAUAUGUUAAUACGUUAUCAACAUUGUUUCUUUCUUUACAUCAACAAAUUUAGUGCUUGUCCUUUGUUUCAGUGUUAAAAGUGCUUGAUAAUGGAAAAAAAAUAUAUAUGAAUAUAUAUACAGCUAUUAAGAGAACGGAGAGGUAAUGCCUGUUUUCAGCAAAAAUGAAGAUGGUAGUGUAAUUAUAAGGGUGAAUCAUACAAAACCUGUCACGAACAUGUCCGGGUCAUAUUUCACCCCAAAAUCAUAAGAUACAUAAGCCUAAUUUUAGGACCGUUAUGUUUUUUUGCAUUGCAAUUAUUUUCAUGAAGAUAAACCACAAACACACAAAAUUCUGAUUACCGUAAAUAAAAAAUACAUUAUUUAAAUUGAAAAGUAUUUAUGCAUCAUAGUAGUAUUUGUUGUACUGCUUUUAAUUUAUGUUGAUUUAAAUAAAAAAUUAUAAUUUAUUACAGUAACGAUAAUCACCAUUCAGAGUAAUAAUAACUCAAAAGCAAUGAGAAUUUGGGAGGAAAAUGUUCUUGAUGGUCAUUAAAAAUAUUAUGUUACAAUGAAAAAACGUUAAAAAAGGGGGGAUAAUUUUCAUUGUGUAAAAUAUAAUAUUCUUAAUUAAUUUAUUUUAUUUUUUUGGACUGAAAUGUGACGUGGAUAUGUUUUUACGAGAUUUACCCAUUGAAGAUGAUAGUGUAAUUAUUAGGGUGAAACUCUUUAAAGAACCUGUCAAAUUUCACUUUAAAAUCAAAAGAAAGAAAGAAGAAAUCAUAUUUCACACAAGCCUAAUUUUAUGACCAUUAAGAUUUUUUUGUAUUAUUUUCAUGUCAAUAAAACACCAAACACACACACAAUUGUCAUUACCAAAAUGCAAAAAAUACAUUAUUUAAAGUGUAAAGUGUACAUCAUAGUAGUAUUUGUUGUACUGCUUAUUUUUGGUGAUUUUAAAUUAAAAAAAAUAUAAAAAAAUUAAUUACAGUAACGGGAAUCACAAUUCAGUAAAAUAAUUACAAAUAAAACCCAUAAAGCAUCUGGAUGCAUUACGGUAAUGAGAAUUUGGGAGAGAAAUGUACUUAGUUGUCAUGACAAUAAUAAUUUUACCAUGAAAAAAUCUUGAUUAUGUUUUUGAAAAAUCACAUUUCUACAUUUUUGUCUUUUGAUUUUGUGGUGAAACGUGUUUUCGUGAGAUUCAUCCCUUAGCUCUUUUUUCCAACGUUCUGACUAGCAGACCUCUUGUUUACAGAAUUGCACAAAUUGAACAACCACCAGCUCGGAAAAUCACUCCUAUGUAAGUCACAAGAGCACACUAUUUUACUGAUAUAGAAAUAACUUUUCUUUUGUAAACAACUGUGUCAAAAUGGGUUGUCGGCAUUUAAAUUACGAACAAUUCUCUGUCAGUUUAAAAAAACAAAACAAAAAACAGGAUUUGGAUUUGAAUAACCAUCACCAAUUUUCCGCGUGGAACAUUAUUUUGAUUUUGUAUAUGUUGAAAUGAGUGCUGUAAAGCUCAAAGAUAGAUGGCAGCUCAUGCAGAAAAGGGACUGGAGUGAAAACCGCCCGUCUCAGGAAGAACAUUCACAGGUUACUCCACUUGAGUCUAGAACCAAACAGUGACGACCCAGUCUAUAUAUUCACUCCUCUCCAUCAGCCUAUCCACUCCUGAGGUAUUUUUAUAGAUCUGACAUCCCGUGGGUUUAUUUGGUGUUGAAUGUAUGGCAGUUAUAUUAGAUUUGUAUUGUCUUGUUUAAUGUUUUUGUAACCAUAUUCUCCUGUUCUUCUCCCUGUUCCCCUAUUUUUGGGUUCUUUAUGUGGAACGCACUGUUAGGAGCUCAUUGUGUUGUUUAUAUACAGUAUUCUGAGGUCCUUGGCGAACUCCAGUCAGGUUGGUUCCAGAACUGUAGGUUUGGUUUUUAGUGUGAGUAUUUGUAUUUGUUUAUUGUACCGAGGUGAACAUUUAGCAUACAGUACAGUUCAAAUAAAUAAAAAAAUACCAUUCUGAUUUA